GGCUUCACGCUUUACGCGCGGACGUAAGAUGUCUCGCCCACUGCAUCACCGUCGCCGGAGAUGGCUAAGCGAUUGAGCUCGCAGCUCUUUGUCAGCAGAUUAUCAUCGUACACAACAAAUGAGCAUCUGAAGAAGCUGUUUUCUCCCUUUGGAGAAGUCCUAGAAGCUAGGUUAGUUUUGGACUCUAAAACUCAAAGACCCAAAGGUUUCGGCUUUGUCACGUACGAGUCGGAGGUUGAAGCUCAAAAGGCUUUGAAGGCCAUGAAUGGCAGGAUAGUUGAUGGGAGGCUAAUUUUUGUUGAAGUUGCCAAGACUAGUAAGCCUGGAGAAGAAGCUACCUCUUGAUGACGAAGGUGCUCUUGUCAUUUUGUUGUCAAAUGAUCUCUCGUUUAUACUGUACUCUUCAUUGUGGAGCUUGAAUCAUUUAAAUUGCCUUUUUCAUGUAACGUUUUGAUCAACAUUGUUUUUAGAAUUCUCAAGGAAUUACUUGUUGAACUUUGAAUCGAUCUCUAAUUUUCCAAAAAGCAACCUUU